AUGUCCUUCGAGUACUUGCCCGUGGCCGAAGAUGAAAAUGAAGAACCCAUAGAACUUCCAAUUGAAGAAGAUGGGACGUUGAUGUUAACAACUGUAUCCGCGCAGUUUCCUGGCUGUUGUGGACUCAAGUAUCGUCAUCCUGAAACGAAAACGUUUAGAGGUAUAAGAUUACGAGAUGGAAGGCUUUACCCACCACCAGAAGGUUGGGGAAAUCAACUGUACAUAUGCAGUUUUCCGAAAGAAAAUAAACGAAAAUCUGGUGACAAUUCUGAAACAUCUUCAGUAAAAAGUAAACGGAAUGAUAAUUUGUGCUCAGAUUUAAUAGUGUUGGGGUUACCAUGGAAAGCGACAGAGCAAACCGUGCGGGAGUAUUUCGAAAAGUUUGGCGAAGUGUUAAUGGCUCAAUUGAAACGUGAUCCUAAAACCGGUAUGUCAAAAGGCUUCGCUUUUAUCAGAUUUUCAUCUUAUACAUCUCAAAUGAGAGUCUUAGCUCAAAGACAUAUGAUUGAUGGACGUUGGUGUGAUGUACGGAUACCAAACUCAAAGGAAGGUUCUGUCACGUCAAUGCCUUGUAAAGUUUUUGUUGGCCGCUGUACAGAAGAUUUAACAGCCAAUGAUUUAAGAGAAUAUUUUUCACAAUUUGGAGAAGUAACAGAUGUUUUUAUUCCAAAGCCUUUUAGGGCAUUCAGCUUUAUAACAUUUUUGGAUCCUGAAGUUGCACAAAGCUUAUGUGGUCAAGACCAUAUUAUAAAAGGAGUAUCUGUUAAUGUGUCUAAUGCAUCACCUAAACAAAAUAAAAGUGGUUCUAAUCAACGAAACUUACCAAGUAGAAACUAUGAAGAAGGACAUCCACACAGUGCCUCAAACAAUAAUUCUUGGAGUAGCCGUAAUAUGGAUAUGGUGAAUAUGCAAGCCUUAGGAUUGUCUGGCCAACACGGUCAAACCGCCGUGGCCGGUGGAGGAGGACAAGGCCAAGGUGGAAGUAUGCCACUUGGCAUGGGUGGUUUGCCAGUAAAUCAAGCCCUAGUAGCUGCGGCACUAAAUCAGGCAGCAGGCUGGGGUUUGAUUAAUAAUAUACCAUCGGGGGGAUCAGAGCAAGGUGCCUUUGCUGGACCGGCUUCUUCUGCUCCGCCAGCGCCACCCAACUUCCUGUCAUGGAUGCAACAGGGCAAUUCUGGACAAGGACCUUCUAGUCAGUGGGGACAGAGACACCAAUCCCAAGGCCACUCCGUUUGA